UCAACGUUCAACGUUCAACCUCCCGGCUCCCAUCACGACACAACACUAGUGCCCAUCUAACGUGAAUCUUUACCUGCCAGUGUCCAUGUCUGAUCCCGGCGGCGCAGCAGUGGAAGGUCUUUCCCCGCCAUGCGCAUGCACCACUCCAGAUGCCAACCUAUUUCAUUCGACUCCAAGCAACCAAAGCCUCUCUGCGGCGAGCGAACAGUUCAACACCAAUAGCUCUUUGUGCAUUCGUCCACUUCUGUCCUCAUCAAAAUAAACCUGACUCAUGGCACCAAUCAAGUACUAACGAUCUGAUGCCUUCGGUCGCGGAAGACGUCUGCAAAGCACAGCAAUGCGAGGCAGAUGACAUGCUCGAGUACAUAUUAAGCCGGGCUUCAAAGACGCCAGAUGACCUUAUCGACUUGAAUGGCCAUGUCCUAUUAGACAGAUGCAUCAACAAAGUUUUGCCCAUAUGUAAUGGGCACACCCAAGAUAUUGAGGGAUUUCUGAUCUCGGAUAUCAGGGAGGCUCUCAUAGAUUACAUAGCAUGUAAACAGGAGGAUGACUUGUAUCAGCCCUUCGUCCUGGCGUCCAACACUGCUCUUGCACACCUGAAGAGGCUGAAGAUUGAUGAUGCUAGACUUGGCAGCUGGGAUGAGCAUGUAUUGAUGAUAGGCCAAGAUAAGACACCCAUGUUUUUGAGGAUUGGCAAAGAUGGAAAUGAACUGGAAGAAACAGAGCCACAAGAGGCCCCUGUUGCUGAAUCAGCUCACAAGCCCACUCAGGAAAGCACUCAAAUGGCAUCCAGGAAAUGCACAUUGGAGACCAAUUCUGAGUCUUGCAUGAGCAAGCAACCUGGGAUGGAGGAGCCUGGGGGAUAUGUAAUAAUUCAGACAGCACUGUAUGCUGCUGAGAUGCAGUCUGCCAAUAUUGUGGUGAAGCAUGCCCUCAAUUGUAUUGUUAUAGGCAACAACAUUUGGAUUUGGUAUUAUGACCACCAAGGCCUCAUCAGUGUGGCAGGGUUCAAUUUUGUUCAAGAUCUCCCUUGCUUUCUGGUGUUGUUAUAUGCUCUCCAGCAAUUCAAUUUGGAGGACUGGGAAGGUGACCACAUUGAGUCUCACACUAUCAAGGUUGAUGGAAAAACACUGAAACUGGACAACAGGGAGAGAGACACCAGGUAUAGGGUGAAAGGAUGUGGGACUAGUGUUAUGGAGGUCACCUGCAAAGCACUAAAGCAGGAGAAGCUGGUGGAAAUGGUCAAUGGCAUGGUGGCAAAAAUUUACUGGGCAGAGGAGGCAUGA